AUACAGAAGAUUGCUUCAAAUGUCCAUCUGAUCAGUAUCCAAGCCAGAGACAAGAUGAAUGUUUCCCCAAAAUUGUAGUUUUUUUGUCUUAUGAAGAACCUUUGGGCAUCUCCUUAGUCACAAGUGCCAUCUUCUUCUUCUCAGUCACAAUUUUGGUAUUAAAAAUAUUCCACCUGCACAAAGAUAGUCCCAUAGUCAAAGCCAAUAAUCGGGACCUCAGCUAUGCUCUCCUGAUCUCUCUUUUGCUCUGCUUCCUUUCACCUUUUCUAUUUAUUGGUAAGCCUGCAGUGAUGACCUGCUUUCUUCGGCAACCAGCCUUCGGUAUCAUCUUCUCACUGGCUGUUUCCUGUGUGUUAGCUAAAACCAUCACUGUGGUGGUAGCUUUCAUGGCCACCAAGCCAGGAUCCAGUAUGAGGAAGUGGAUGGGAAAGAGGCUUACAUAUUUUAUUGUCCUUUCCAGCUCUUUAAUCCCAGUAGGCAUGUGUGCUAUAUGGCUAACAAUCUCUCCCCCAUUCCCCAAUUUGGACAUGGACACGCUGACCACUGAGAUAGUAGCAGAGUGUAAGGAAGGUUCUGUCGCUAUGUUUUAUCUUGUCUUAGGCUACAUGGGACUUCUGUCCAUCGUUAGUUUCAGUGUUGCUUUUCUAGCUAGGAAGUUGCCUGAUAAUUUCAACGAAGCCAAAUUCAUCACCUUCAGCAUGCUGGUAUUUACCAGUGUUUGGUUGUCCUUUGUUCCAACCUAUCUGAGCACCAAGGGAAAAUAUAUGGUAGCUGUGGAGAUCUUUUCCAUCUUGGCCUCAAGUGCUGGGCUUUUGGGAUGCAUAUUUUUCCCUAAAUGUUUCAUAAUUGUGCUGAGGCCUGAACUGAACAACAAGGAUCACCUCAUGAGAAGAAAGCAAAUGCAAAAAUAA